GUAAAAUUCAAAAAAAUAAUUCAACUUCAAGUCAAAUUUAAUAAACACGCCUGAUUUUUCAAAAAUAUUAAUAAAAUUAAUAAUAAUGGGGGAUGUAGACGAUUUAUUCGCGUGUUUUGAUGAGGAACCAGCAGAACAACAGACAGCAGUUCCAAUUGUGAUGGAUGUUGAUGUAAAAGAGGAGGAAAUUACAGAAAUUGAGAACGAUGUUGAGAUCUCUGGAACUGCUUCAAAACGACAUAUAGACGAUAGUGACGAAGAUGGACCAUCAAAAAAGCAACGUGUUGAAUCAUUAUUAGAUGACAUUAAUUUGGAGGCAAUUGAUGCACAGAUUAAGAUUCACAUAUUAAAGAGCCCAGAUGCUUGUCUUCAUGAAGUCGCAGUACAUCCAAAUCAAGAAUAUGUUCCAUUAAAGCCAGCCGUUGGAGAACCAGCAAAAGAAUAUCCAUUUAUCCUUGAUCCUUUCCAAAAAGAAGCAAUUUUAUGCAUAGAAAAUGAUCAAUCAGUUCUUGUAUCUGCACACACUUCUGCUGGAAAAACAGUUGUAGCUGAAUAUGCAGUCGCUCGAGCAUUAUCAAUGAAACAAAGAGUAAUUUACACAACUCCAAUUAAGGCUCUUUCAAAUCAGAAAUAUCGAGAGUUUCAUGAAGAAUUUCAAGAUGUAGGCUUAGUCACUGGAGAUAUCACUAUAAAUCCAUCAGCAUCAUGUCUUAUUAUGACGACAGAAAUUCUCCGUAAUAUGCUCUAUCGUGGAUCUGAAAUUAUGAGAGAAGUUGGAUGGGUUGUGUUUGAUGAAAUCCAUUACAUGAGAGAUAAGGAACGAGGUGUUGUUUGGGAAGAAACUUUAAUUCUGCUUCCUGACAACGUUCACUAUGUAUUCUUAUCAGCCACAAUUCCGAACGCUCGACAAUUUGCAGAAUGGGUUUGCCAUAUCCAUCAACAGCCAUGUCAUGUAGUUUAUACAGAUUAUCGUCCAACUCCACUUCAACAUUAUUUGUUUCCUGCGGGAGGUGAUGGAAUUCAUUUAGUUGUGGAUGAAAAAGGAAAUUUUAAGGAAGAUAAUUUUAAUGCUGCCAUGAAUGUUUUAAUUAAAGCAGGAGAAGCUGCAAAAGGAGACAAGACAGGUAGAGGAGGUGGAAUCAAAGCUACAAAUCGUAAAACUGGUGAAACAAACAUCUUCAAAAUAGUCAAAAUGAUUAUGGAAAGAAGCUUAGCUCCUGUCAUUAUUUUCUCAUUCAGCAAGAAAGAAUGUGAGACAAAUGCACAGCAAAUGGCUAAACUUGACUUUAAUUCAGCUGAAGAAAAGAAACUUGUCGAUGAAGUUUUUAGUAAUGCAAUGGAUGUGCUUAAUGAUGAUGAUAAGAAGUUACCACAAGUUCAGAAAUUAUUGCCAUUACUUCGUCGGGGGAUUGGAAUUCAUCAUGGAGGCUUGCUGCCAAUUUUAAAGGAAACAAUUGAGAUACUCUUCGGUGAAGGAUUAUUAAAGGCACUUUUUGCUACCGAAACAUUUGCUAUGGGUCUAAAUAUGCCUGCAAGAACUGUUGUCUUUACUAGCAGUCAAAAAUUUGAUGGAAAAAGCUUCAGAACAUUAGCAAGUGGAGAAUAUAUUCAAAUGUCUGGACGUGCUGGUCGUCGAGGCUUGGAUGAUAAAGGUAUUGUAAUAUUGAUGGUCGACGAGAAAGUUUCCCCUGCAAUUGGACGUGAAAUAGUUCAAGGAAAACCAAAUGCUAUAAAUUCAGCUUUUCACCUUACUUACAAUAUGGUCUUGAAUUUGUUGCGUGUUGAGGAAAUUAAUCCAGAAUAUAUGAUUGAGCGAUCAUUCUUUCAGUUCCAAAAUCAAUCAAAUAUCCCAGAUUUGUAUAAAAAGGUACAAAAGAGACAGGAAGAAUUGCAUAACUUUCAUAUUAAUGAUGAAACAUCUAUUAAAAGUUAUCAUCAUAUUCGCGAACAAUUGGACAGUUUAUCAGCAAAAUAUCAAAAGUUUUACACUCAUCCACAAUACCUUAAACCUUAUCUUCAGCCUGGACGUUUAAUAAAAGUUAAAAGUGUGGAACACGAGUAUGAAUGGGGAAUGAUUCUUGACUUUAAGACAGAGAAACUUGACAGUUCUAAAAAUCCAUUAAAAACUGACAGUAAAUUGAUUGUUGAAGUAUUGCUGCACCUUGAUGAUACUCCAGACAAUUCUAAAACUCUACUCCCAUGUCCAACAGGUAAAAAUGGACGAUUUGAAGCAGUUCCAAUUGAUAGUACAACAAUAUCAAAAUUGAGUAGCUUAAGAAUUCAUUAUCCAAACGAUUUAAGGUCACAUGACGUCAGACGUGGCAUCUUAAAUGAUAUUUUGAAUGUCAAAAAGAAAUUUCCAACUGGAUUACCGCUUUUAAAUCCAGUUCAGGAUAUGAAGAUUAAGGAUAAAGAAUUUUUGAAUAUUUUGGAAUUGCUUGAGAAAUUUGAGAAACGACUUUAUGCACAUCCAUUAACAGACUCACCAGAACUGAAUGAACUUUAUAGCAAAUUUAUGGAAAAGCAGCAAAUGGAAGCGGAUUUAAUACAAGCUAAAAAGUCACUGAAAGAUGCUAAAAGCCUUCUUCAAAUGGAUGAUUUAAAGCACCGCAAACGUGUCCUUCGUCGUCUUGGUUACUGCACAAAUGCUGAUGUUAUUGAGUUUAAAGGACGUGUAGCAUGCGAAUUAUCAUCUGGAGAUGAACUCUUAAUCACCGAAAUGAUUUUUAAUGGAACAUUUAAUGACUUGGGUGCUGCUCAAUGUGCUGCAUUACUCUCAUGUUUUGUUUGUGAUGAUCGAGCUUCUGAACAGGUAAUUGAUGCUGAAUUGCAAGCACCGCUUAAACAAAUGCAGGAUUUUGCACGACGAAUUGCAAAAGUGUCAAAAGAAUGUAAAAUGGAAGUGGAUGAGGAUGAAUAUGUUGAAAAGUUUAAAACAACUUUAAUGGAAGUUGUAUUAAAAUGGUGCAAAGGAUCGUCGUUCCUUCAAAUUUGUCAAAUGACUGAUGUCUUUGAAGGAAAUAUUAUUCGUUGUAUGCGUCGAUUAGAGGAAUUAAUGCGACAAAUGGUUCAGGCAUCUAAAACUAUAGGCAAUACUGACUUGGAAAAUAAAUUUUCUGAAGGCAUUAGACUAUUGAAACGUGAUAUCGUGUUUGCUGCAUCACUGUAUCUUUAAAUUUAUGAUUUUUUUUAUGCUUAUUGUGAACUUGAAAUCUGAACAUGAAAUAAAAUUUUAAAGAAGUUUAAAUUCUUAUAAAGCAAUAAGUGUGCGGCUCU